AUGGACAAAGAGAACCAGAAGGGGACAUCCAAGGAAGAUCUCAGUGUGUUGGAGAAGAGUCUAAUCCUUCUCGUCCUGGCCAUGACUGCAACGUGCAUUGGCCUGGUUGUGGUCUACAUCAUUGAGAACAACAACAGAAGUGGAAAAGAGGUGCUGGUAUCAGGGUGUGGACACCCAGUGCAGCUGAGUAGUAACACAGGGGGCUUCACCAGUGGGAAUUACCCCAGUAACUACGACGAUGGCAAGAGCUGUACCUGGCUCAUCACUGUGGAGAGCAAUAAGGUAAUCCAUCUGUGGUUCGAAGACUUCUCUCUGGAGGAUUCCCUCACCUGCAGUGCAGAUUCCCUCACACUCCGGGAUAACGUGGGCAUUAUUGGAAAGUAUUGCGGUCCUUCUAAGCCCAAGCCAAUAGUGUCGCUGGGAAACAGUUUGGUGGUGCACUUCGACACCAACGACAGACGCACAGACAGAGGAUUCAGAGCCUUGUACCGUGCCGUGCCCCCUGACACAACUACAGACAUAGUCGGCGCUGGAGGUCUUCUGCAGGGUGACCAAGGGGAGCUGAGGACCCCUGGCUUCCCGGAGCAGAGCUACGAAAAUGGAGCUCUCUACCAGUGGAGGGUUGCUGUGAACGUUGGUGACAGAGUCCGGCUCACGUUCAUGGACUUCAGCCUGGUUCCUGAUGUCUGCGGUGACUUCGUGGACGUCUUCGAUGGACUCUCAGAUGGUAAUAGUUCACUUAAACUGGGUCACUUCUGUGGAAACAAAGUGCCUGCUCCUGUGGUGUCCAACAGCCAUGAAAUGGUGGUUCGUUUUAAAAGUGACUCUACCUUGACAGCCAGAGGUUUCAGUGCAGCCUACAGUGUGGCCAACACACCACCUGUCACUACCACCCCUCAGCCUUCUAAGACCAUGCUGGAAGCUGAAGAUUCCGGCUGUGGCUCCCUUGGAAAUCUUUUUGGAUGGAAAGGCGAGAUCCACUCGAAGGGUUUCCCUGAUGCAUAUCCCACAGACCUACUUUGCUCCUGGAACAUCAGCGUGGCUGAGGGCCUCGUAGUCAAGCUGCACAUCACAGACCUUGCAAUCGUCGGAGAGGCAGGCCAGUGUGGCCGAGACCACCUGACCGUCUCCGACUGCCAGCAGUCGCUGGGUACACACUGUGGGUUCAUUCUUCCUCCGGUGCUUGUCAGUGUCAGUAACACGAUGUCUCUGAGUUUCCAGACUGGCGCUCGGCUGGCUGACCGCGGAUUCUCUGCCAGGUGGGAGGCUGUUUAUCCAGAGGACAUUGAUGAAAUCCAGGGCUGUGGGGGCUUCUCUCGUCAGGAGACAGGGGUCAUGGAGUCAGAAAACUGGCCCAUGAAUUAUCCACCCAACAGGGAGUGUCUGUGGAAACUGAAGGUGUCCGAGGGCAAAACCAUCACUCUGACAUUCACCCACUUUGACAUGGAGGCAGGUGACAUCCUGCUUGGCCGCUGCCAUGACAACGUGAUCGUUUACGAUGGACCAGAGAAAUCGGCCAAGAGAUACGGUCCUUACUGCGGUACCAACAUUCCUCCUAUAAUCCGCUCAACAGGAAGGGAACUGGUGAUGCGUUUUCAUUCUGACUUCUUCACGGAAGGAAAAGGAUUCCGAGCAUAUUGGAGCAGAGAUCCCACCCUGCCUGGUCCGACUGAACCUCCUGUGCCUUCUAAGCCAUGGGACAACAUUCCUACAGGCCUGACUCAGGCUGUUUGGCCCAACUCCCAGACAAGGCCCACGUUCUUUUACACGUACGGUGGGACCCUCAUUCAUAAGAACUGGGUUCUGUCAGCUUACUCCUCAGGUAUGGCCUGUCAGUAUGCAGAUGAGCUGCAGAGAUGGCAGAUGCGUCUGUGCAAACACAACCUAACCCUGGAGGCCGGCUUGUGGGUCAUCUACUGCCACGGGGGCUUGAAAUACCCCGCUGUGCCCACCGUGGAGUUUGACAUCGCUCAGGUGCGCUUAGAGGUCAGCGCCACCGAGCACAUCAGCGUGUCUAAAGGCUGGGGGGACAAGACAGCCCAAAGAACAUUGCAGCUCAAGACUCUGAAGCAGGUAUCUCCACCCGUGGUGCCGUAUGAGGUCUGCCGAAGCAGGGACUACAGGUGGGUCCAGGUCAAGUUCUCCAUGAUCUGCUGUGUUUUCACGCUGCUUGAUGAGCUGAAGUCUGUGUGCCAGGGGGACUCAGGUGGGGCCCUCGUGUGCCAGGAUGAGCGCGUGUUCACCCACACGUCCGUGUACCUGCCCUGGAUAGAAAACACCCUCCCAAAGCACAUAUACAACCUCAGCAGAACCCACUGCAGCACAUCCCCUCCAGCAGACCUGGCUGCCGUUGGCGACACCCUGACUGUUACUUUCUCGUCCAAAACAGGGUUUAGAGCCACAUGGAGAGCUGUGGACCCAUGGGACAUUGGCGUGUUCUGUGGGUUUGUGCCUCGGAAGCUGACCGUGAGCAGAAACAAGGCCACAAUUCGCUUCAUUGCCAAUGGGCUGUGGGAGGAGAUGGGUCUCCGUGGCUACUGGACGUCUCCGUGGCUACUGGACGUCUCCGUGGCUACUGGACCACAGACCCUAGUGUCUUUCCUACCCUGA